AUGGGGAGAGACGUGAUUGGCCUUGACCUUAGUUGCAGUGAGCUUCAAGGCACCAUUCAUUCCAAUAGUAGCCUCUUUCUUCUCCCUAACUUGCAACAGCUCAACCUUGCUUUCAACUGCUUCAAUUCACCGAUUUCAUCUGGCUUUGGUCAGUUUGCUAAGUUGGAAAAACUUGAUCUUUCUUCUUCUCAGUUUUCUGGUCAAGUCCCACAUGAACUAUCCAAACUCUCCAAACUGUCCUCACUAGAUCUCUCUGGCAAUAAACAAGUUAGUCUCAAUACAUCUGUCAUGAGGAGGCUUGUUCAAAAUCUGAUCAAGCUAAGAGAACUCCGUCUUGAUGGUGUUCAGAUGUCACUUGUUUUGCUUGAUUCUUUGAUGAAUCUGUCCUCUUCUUUGACAGUCCUUAGUCUCAAUGGUUGUGGAUUGCAUGGCAACUUACCAUAUAACAUUUUCCGCCUACCAAACCUAAGGGAGCUCAGUUUAAUUUGUAAUCUUGAACUCAGAGGGGCUUUCCCAACGACAAAUUGGAGCAAUCCCUUGAUGUUUUUGGAUGUCUCUACCACAGGUUUCUCAGGACCAUUGCCAAAUUCCAUUGACAAUCUAAAAUUCUUAAAGCAUUUGGGAUUAUCUCAGUGCAAUUUCAAUGGCUUGAUACCUGCGUCAUUUGGUAACCUUACGCAAAUUACUGAAUUAGAUUUAUCAGGUAACAAUUUUGUUGGAUCAAUACCCGAGUCCUUUGGAAACCUCAGGAAAGUUACUUAUUGUUACCUUUCAUCUAACAGCUUCAUUGGCCACAUUCCAUCAUCACUCUCAAAUCUAAAGGAUCUCACUUUUCUGGACCUCGGAGGAAACAAUUUUGAAGGAUUGAAAGCUAUAAAAACAGUCAAUGAAAAUGAAGUUUCAUUGAAAUAUAUUGGGGAAGACUAUUACCAAGACUCAGUAAUGGUGGUAUGGAAAGGGCAAGAACGUAUGCUAGAGAGAAUCUUAACCAUCUUCACUACCAUUGACCUCUCAUGCAACAAGUUCCAUGGGCAAAUUCCAAAAGUACUUGGAAAACUUCAGUUUCUUCGAGAGCUCAACCUCUCCCACAAUAGCCUAACUAGCUAUAUCCCAUCAUCGUUGGGAAAUUUGUUGCUACUUGAAUCCUUAGACCUCUCUUCAAAUAUGCUCAAUGGCUCCAUUCCAAUGCAAUUAACAAGUUUAACAUUUUUAGCUGUUUUAAACCUUUCACAAAACAAACUUAUAGGACCCAUACCUCAAGGCCUACAAUUUAAUACAUUUCAAAACAACUCAUACAUUGGGAACAAAGGAUUGUGUGGAUUUCCAUUGUCCAAGAAAUGUAGGAUUGUUGAGCCACCAUCAUCUGAAGAGGACAACGAUUUAAAGUUUACAAGUGGAUUUGGUUGGAAGGCGGUGAUGAUGGGGUAUGGAUGUGGAUUCGUGUACGGGAUAGCUAUGGGAUAUCUUGUUUCCAAGUCUAGAAAACCUCAAUGGCUUCAUUCUUAUCCAAAGAUGGAGUCUUGGAAAAAGGGCACUGAUUACUGCUCAUGGGAUGGGGUUACUUGUGAUAGGGUGAAGGGAAACCUGAUUGGCUUUGACCUCAGUUGUAGCUGGCUUCAAGGCACCAUCCCUCCCAAUAGUACCCUCUUUCUUCUCUCUCACUUGCAAUAUCUCAACCUUGCUUUCAAUGACUUUGAUUUUUCAUUGAUUUCAUCUGGGUUUGGUCAAUUUACUAGGUUGAGAUAUCUUAACCUUUCAGGUUGUGUGUUUUCUGGCCAAGUCCCACUUCGUUUAUCGCACCUCUCCCUAUUGACCUCACUAUAUCUCUCUCAAAAUCAUUUUGUUAGUCUCGAAACAUUUGUUGUUAGAAGGCUUGCUAAAAAUUUGAAGAUGCUAAGAGAACUUCAUCUUGAUUUGGUUGACAUGUCUUCUGUUUCACUUAGUAACCUUACACAACUCACUGAUUUGGAUUUAUCUGACAACCAUUUUAGCGGUGAGAUACCAUCAUCACUUUCAAACCUCAAGAUGCUCUUAUACUUGGGUCUAGAAUAUAACAACCUCAAUGGUUCAAUUCCCUCAUCAAUUGGGAACCUCACGAAAGUUCCUCAAAUUUUCCUCCGAUCUAACUACUUCACCGGUCAAAUUCCAUCACUUUCAGAGCUAAAGGAUCUCAAUCUUAUUGACCUAAGAUUCAACAACCUUAGAGAUAGAAUUCCUAAUUUUUUGACCAACCUCACAAGACUCACCAAAGUUUACUUGUCUUAUAACCAACUCACUAGUCAAAUUGAUGAAUUCCAAAAGCUUGAUAUUUCAUCAAAUGACUUGAGUGGCAUUGUGGAAUUUGAUUAG